AUGGACAAUAUUCUUGUGGCUUUUGAGGCCCUGCAUACAAUGGACAUACGUCUGAAAGGGAGAAAUGGGUUUAUGGCAAUGAAACUGGAUAUGAGCAAGUCCUAUAAUCGGAUUGAAUGGCCUUAUUUGGAGGCAAUUAUGCAAAGACUGGGGUUUGAGGCUUGUUGGGUGCAUCUAAUAAUGACGUUUGUCCGAACAGUUUCUUAUCCUGUUCUUGUUAAUGGUCACCCUAAUAGAAAAAUUAUCCAUGCUCGGGGAAUCAAGCAAGGAGACUCGUUGUCCCCCUAUUUGUUCAUUUUCAGUGCAGAAGGUUUGAGUAGUUUAUUGCUACGAGUAGAGUGGGAAGGCAAGAUCACAGGUCUACUAAUUGUCAGGGGAGAACAAAGAUCAACCUCCUGUUUCUCCGCGGAUGAUAGUGUGCUUUUUUGCAUAGUUAACAUUCAGGAAUGGGGUAACAUUCAAGAUGUGCUAAAAGUUUAUAAAGGCGUGUCAGGACAAAAGCUUAAUCGGGACAAAACAUCUCUAUAUUUUAGCAUAAACACAAGGCAGGAAGCAAUAUAG